GAAUUUUUUAGUCCAUAAACUGCACUAUUUGUAUAUGCAAUAAUUUGUAGUUUUAUAUCUUUUGUUUUGGAUCUGAAGUGUAUUUUAAUAAAAAAGAAAACACGCACUAUUUGUAACGGUUUGCUACUGCGUAUAAGGUAUUAUUUAUAAUUAUACAGCCUAUACUUGUGCGUCAAAAUUGACCAGUUAUCGUUGCGAAGUGGAAUAUAUUAUAAUCAUGUCACAAAAUACAAUUUGUUGGGAUACCGAAUUACGAAAGUUGAAGCUUGGGGAAUUGUAUCAACUUGGGUGGAUAUUAAAUGUGUCAGAUUUAUGGAAGAAAUUAAUGGCAAUUGUACCGAAAGAAGAUACAUCUGAUCUUCCUAAAUUUACUUCUGAACAUUUCAGUAUAAUUGAGCAAGCAGCACAGCAACAGAAGAGAAAUGCGGCUGAAAUAUUUUUAUCCGAAUGGGGAACAAUGGGUAAAAGAAGGCCAACUUUGCAUACUUUGUUCAAACUUUUGGUAAAAGCAGAAUUGUUUAGAGCUGCUGAUUAUGUAGCUAGAGAUAUAUUAAAAGUUGAACUUCCAGAACGCCCGAAAUGUGGGCCUGCUGCCCCUGUAGAUACUUCAGAUGAAAUUAUGAAAGAACUAUUAAAAAAGGUAGAAGAAUUCCAGAAAGUUAAGCAUGACGAAAUUUGUGCCUUUCAACUUCCUUCUAAAAUUAACGAAAAUGAAAAUAUCAAUUGUAACGCAAUAGAUAAAUGUACAAAUGAUAGUUUUGUAGAUAGAAAUAUACAGUCUACAAAAUUAGUUUCUACAAAAGAAAAAUGUGAUGUAAAAACUUCUGAAAGUUGUAAGGACAUUAAUGCUCGACAAGAUCCUAUAGAAAUAUUGUCAAAUAAAGAAACUUAUAAUUCACUGUCGCGUGUAUACAUAACUGAUGCGAAUACUUUGCCACAGCUAGUUUUUGAAAAUGCAGAAAUGAUGUCUGAUAAAUUACCUAAACCAGUUUUAAAUAAAUUUAGACAAACUGCAGAAGAAACAAUACUAUAUGAAGAAAUGCUCCCGGAUGAACUUCCAACGCUUUUAAACGAUCGUAUUAAUCUAUCGCCUAGUGUAUUUGGUAGUAGUGAAACAAAUAACGUAUUACAUUUAUCUAAUCUAAACAUUAAUGAAUAUGAAUUAAUUUCUAAUGAAUUGCCUCAGUGUAUCGUUGAAUUUCAGAGGAAUUCUACAGCUAACGUGGAUAACACUGUCUAUAUAGAAAAUAGCGAAGAUAAACAGGAGAAUGUAUUGAGUUCGCAACAAUUACCAAUUACAAUCUUGGAAUAUAAUAAAUAAUGUAUCUAUUAA